UUGGGUUCCUGUUCUAUAAUUUUUUGAUUACUUAAAAGUUUUUGCCUUUACCCUCACAAGCUUACAAUCACAUGCUGUCCUCUCUCUCUGUGUUGCAUUAAGCUGAAGCUCUCAUUCUCUCUCCUCUCUUGCAUUGUCUACGUGUUUCAGUUGUGCCAUUGAAUGCUUUUGACUCCAAAGUUGAAGAGAUUCCUCAGAUCUACAGGGAAACACCUUUGAACAUUUUCAGCCCCAAUUCAUCUCUUUUGGUCUUUUCUGGUCUCUGGCUUCCAUUCUGUUAGUGCAGAAAGAUUGCAGCUUGGAGCCACAGCAGUGCUUUGGGUUCCCUCUUAGUGUUUGUUUGCGCCGUGGUGAUUCCCCUAUAUGAUGUAUAAAGCUGAGAUAAAACUGGGGCUAGUAUUUCCUUGAGAUGCAAGUACUGUGGAAUUGAAGAAGAAACUAGUUGAGAUCACAGGUUAUAUAUUGUAAAGAAAAUUGGAUGUGAUAUCAGUGUGGAUUCAAUGGUUUGCGAGAUGGAGAGCGAUUGUAUAGAGGAGAUGGACAUUGAAGUCCUCUCUUCUAUGUGGCCAGAAGAUAUUGGAACUGAUGCUGGAAAACAGUUUAACAUAGAAAAGCCUGGAAGGGACCAAGAUAUGUUGGAGGAGGUAACAAUCAUAGAGGAGCCAGCUAUAGCUGAUUUUCAGCGUCUCUUGGAGCUUACUAAUUACACAGAUAAAGGGUCUUCGCAGUUGGCAUACCUCAUGCAACACUGGGAGUAUAAGCAGGCCAAUGCCGUGCGCCUUCUCCGAGAAGAACUUGACAACCUUAGCAAGCAGAGGAAGGAAGUUGAGCUGCGAAAGUUGGAGAUACUUAAAGACAACAAUCGAUUUGAGGAAGAAAAUUAUGGGGGUGACAAACGUCCGGUUUCUAUAUUGGAUGAAGUUUACUACACAUGGCAAGAUUUACCGGUACCACUCAGGAAAAGUGUUGUUGCUGUUCAAAACAAGAGGAUCGAAAUUGAUGCUGAGUAUGAUACUGCUGUGUACUGGAAACAGAAGGCUUUGGAUUUCGAAAGACAGUUGGAGGCAAGUGUCCAGAGAGAGCAGACACUUGUGGAGAAGUUGCAAGAAAGUAUAGAGACUAUCGAGAGGCAGUCCUCGCCGGUGGAAGAACUUACACAGAUUCUGAAGAGGGCAGAUAAUUUCUUACAUUUUAUACUUCAAAAUGCACCUGUCGUUAUUGGCCAUCAGGACAAAGAGUUGCGCUAUCGCUUUAUCUAUAAUCAUUUUCCAAGUUUACAAGAGGAGGACAUCAUAGGGAAAACAGAUGUUGAAAUUUUCACGGGAUCUGGUGUUAAGGAAUCUCAAGAUUUUAAGAGAGAAGUAAUGGAGAAAGGAUUACCUGCAAAAAAGGAAAUCACUUUUGAGACAGAACUGUUUGGGUCAAAGACAUUCUUGAUAUAUGUAGAACCAGUCUUUAGCAAAUCAGGGGAGACAAUUGGAGUAAAUUAUAUGGGAAUGGAAAUAACAGAUCAGGUGAGAAAAAGAGAAAGAAUGGCAAAGCUAAGGGAAGAGAUUGCAGUUCAGAAAGCCAAGGAAACCGAACUUAAUAAAACCAUUCACAUUACAGAGGAGACUAUGAGAGCAAAACAAAUGCUGGCAACAAUGUCUCAUGAGAUAAGAUCUCCACUGUCUGGAGUUGUUAGCAUGGCUGAAAUUCUUUCUACCACGAAACUUGAUCGGGAGCAAAAACAGCUCUUGAACGUCAUGAUGUCUUCUGGAGAUUUAGUUCUUCAACUUAUAAAUGACAUACUUGAUCUUUCCAAGGUUGAGUCAGGAGCUAUGAAAUUGGAAGCUACCAAAUUCCGGCCAAGAGAGGUAGUAAAGCAUGUACUCCAGACAGCGGCAGCAUCAUUGCAAAAAAUGCUAAUCUUAGAAGGAAAUGUCGAAGAUGAUAUACCUAUAGAGGUCACUGGAGAUGUUUUACGGAUUCGACAGAUUCUCACAAAUUUAGUAAGCAACGCCGUCAAGUUUACACAUCAAGGAAAAGUUGGUAUAAACCUUUAUGUUGUUCCAGAACCACCUUUUGCCAAAGUAGAAGGUCACCAAAAGAUGACCGCAGACCAAUCAACUAUUUCAGCAAAUGGCGUGAAGGAAGAGAAGCAUCUAUCAACGCCUCGAAGUAGAUGCGAUCAAAACCUUGAUGGUAUAAAACAAAAUGACCAUUACACUCAAGAUCAUGCCUUCAAUGAUGAAUGUAGAUCAUCAGUUAAUAGUGAAUGUUCAAUGAAUGGAGAUACUGAGGAGCGAACUCAUUCAACAGAAACAACAGUGUGGAUACGUUGUGAUGUAUAUGACACAGGAAUUGGAAUACCAGAGAAGGCUCUGCCUAAUUUAUUUAGAAGGUACAUGCAAGUCAGCGCAGACCAUGCUCGAAAAUAUGGGGGCACAGGGCUAGGACUAGCAAUAUGCAAACAACUGGUUGAGUUAAUGGGUGGUCGUCUAACAGUAUCUAGCAAAGAACAUUGUGGUUCUACCUUCACCUUUAUACUUCCGUACAAGGUUUCAACCGCUUGUGAAAACUCUGAUGACCCAGAUGACCUUUCAGAUGUGGAAAAUAGUGAAGAUGAUACAACAGAGGGCUUCUUCCAAUUUCAACCUCGCACUUUGGGCUCUCUUUUCACUUCUAAUGGAUCUAGCAGGCCCAAAAAUAUAUUACCAGGCUACAGGAGCUCGAAUAAGUUCAAUGGGUUUUCAGAUAAUUCUGACUCACUCCACUCUAGUAACAUAUCAAAAGGGACUAGUACAUUUGAAGAUGCAUCUUCAGUUGUUGUUGAUGCUCCAGAGAUGUCUGACACUACAAGUUCAUCAAGUCAAAGCCCAGAAACAAAGCAUGAAAGCUUAGUUAAUGGAAACAAACAGAACAAUGACACUGCACAUGCUCGGUUACAGAAUGGUAGUGCAGACUCUUGUCAACUUAAGGAGACAGAUAGAGAAAUGAGUGUAGCAACAUGUCAGAGUCCAGGGAAGGCAGACAUAACUUCCCAAUAUGUUAGUAGCAGAAACAGCAUUUCAUCAGAAGUAACGAUGUCCGCAUUAAAGCCGAAGAUUCUUCUCGUGGAAGAUAACAAAAUCAAUAUCAUGGUGACGCAGUCAAUGGUGAAGCGGUUAGGAUAUAGCAUGGAUGUUGUGAAUAAUGGAGUGGAAGCCAUACGGGCAGUUCAGCACCAUACGUAUGAUAUCAUUCUAAUGGAUGUUUUCAUGCCAGUUAUGAAUGGUCUUCAGACAACAAAACUGAUUCGAUCAUAUGAGGAAACGGGCCAUUGGGAUGCUGCAAGAAAAGCUGGAAUUGAACAAAGUUUAUCUGCAUCGGAUGAAUGUCCUGUCCCACCUAAUAAACGGAUGCACAUUGUUGCGAUGACAGCAAACACAUUGGCUGAGAGUGCUGAAGAAUGUUUUGCAAAUGGUAUGGACUCAUUUGUGUCAAAACCUGUGACUUUCCAAAAACUGAAAGAUUGUCUGGAAAAGCACCUAAGGUGAUAUACAUGUAAAUUUCAAAUUGUGUAUAAAGGAAUAAGAGCCUAGGAAAGUUUUGCAACGAAUGCAUCAUGUUCUCUAUCAGUGUUGAUCUUAAGUUGUAUAGAUCUACUAUAUUCUUUUUCAUCUUAACAAUUUUUUUUAAUAGCUCA